UAAUUGUCAUAUUAUUACUGCGCGUGCGUUGAAAAUGGUAACCUUGAAGUUGUGAACAACAACUGUGGGGUCUAUCGGUGUUUACAGCGUUAGUCUCACUAACAGAGCAUUGAUUGAAGUGAAGACAACACAACACUCUCUAAACACUACAAACUUAACCAAAAAACCUGUAUUUGUCUGCAAAGCGUUGGACUGACUGACAGACAGACAAUGCCUCACAUGAAACACAACAACACUUAUACCAAUAGACAUGAAGUGUUGGCUGAAGACGAUAUCGGACAUCACCAUAACAUUGAACACUAUCUUAAAGAGAACGACCCAUCAGUGACCCGAUGCUGUGUACCCACAGUUUGUACGGUCGGUGAGCUGAUCCAUAUGACAAACUUGACAGAUGUCAUCAAAGUUGUCUGCAAUAAUGAUCACUGCCGUGAGGGACGGUAUAUGCAUAGGAAGUGCUUCGAGGAAUGGGAGGAAUCGGUUCUUACUUUCCUCAGGUCGACCGGUAGGGCCCGCAGUUGGUCUGAGAAACAGAGACUACAGAAUCUAUGGACCAAAAAGGGUUACGAUUUAGCCUAUAAAGCUUGUGGAUGUAAGUGUGGAAAGGGUCACUUGAAGAAAGACUUGGAUUGGGCCGUACCGGCGGCGGUCAACACUACCAUUGAAGACAACAACAAUAAGAAACGUAGAAACAGGAAGAAGAAGUCAAACGAUAAGCCGACUGUUAAUAUUAGUAGUCCUGUAGUUAACUGUAACGCCAAUGUCAAGAGUCUGGUCCCCAUUAAUAAUACUAUUAGUAAUAACAACACUAACAACAACCCUACAAAUGCAAUACAUUUGAUUCAGUCAUCACGUGAUUCAAUCCGUAUGCGCUCAUUUUCCAUGUCCUCUACCGGUUCCGGUGGUUCAUCUGACGGUACAUCACCGCCCAUAUCGACUGCUGGUGAUAGUUCGUCGCCAAACUUGAGGAAAGGCUUCUUUUCAGACGCUGUCAAACGAGAACGCCAUUCGUCGGGAUCGAUAUUCUCGCGUCGAGCAGAUUACUCGUCUUUCAAUACCCUUCCGCGACAUAAGAUUAACUCAUAUCAUAUUAAGAUGGAAGACGAUGGCAAUCACGGCAAUGACGAGACCCGAUGUUUCAUAUUAUCGACGCUUUCGGCCAACAAAAUGAACCGAACGGCAUGUGUCAUAUGUUCGGGAACUAUGAUUAUCUUUGAUAGAUAUCCACUAAUUGAUGGCACAUUUUUUCUGUCUCCCCGUCAACACAACAAGUCUGCAGUCCCGGUGCACAUUGAAGGACGCGUCCUAUUUAUGAAUGCUGUUUGCAUGGGAUGUCUAGAAGGUUGGAACCGUCGACUCCAUUGCAAGUCAUGUAAUGUCCGGUGGAAUGGAUCUCAUUUAAUAUUGGGUUCAAUGUAUUCAUACGAUAUAUUUGCGGGAAUCCCGUGUUGUCCAGACCGCCUCCGGUGCAACAAUUGUCAGCAUUUGGUUAUACCUCCCGAACGGCGAAUGGAGUUCUUUAGUGAUUACAGCCAUUCAAUGCCGUGCAGUCACUGCGGUAUUGUUGACCACCAUUUCAUCAAACCUUUAGGUCAGACCUAUGUCUUAUGUGAGUAACAUUAAACCCAUCAUAUGGACAGAUAUAACACAUAAAUUGAUACAAAAAACACUUAUGUUAUAUAUAAAUAUAUAUACACACACCUAACACUUACAUUACAUAUUACAAUACAUUAUAUAAUUAGUAUAAAAUCAAUCAAACAAUUUAUU